CAAGCGGGAGGGGUGGGAGGAGAGGCAGACAUCGACACCUAGGCAGUGGCAGUUAUAUCCACAAGACGAGAGGGGAUAGACGUUUCUCAAUGGAGUGCGUAUUUUGAACCACAGCCUGUACAGGGACCUCAGAGUGGAAAAAAAUAUUUUUCAAUCCGGUGUUGAUCGUGCAGCUGCGGGAAGGGAAAAUUGCGCGCAGGGAAUAAACAUGGCCCCAAAUCUAUAUCUCCACGGGGCCUUGGCUGUGUUUUGUGUGACUCUAACCUGCAAUGGAUUUAAUAUAGACUCACGGUUUCCAGUUAUCAAAGAAGGGAAAACCAAGGGCAGUUUCUUUGGAUUUGCUGUUGCCUUACACAAACAGACGGAAGGGUCCACGAAAUACCUUCUCCUGUCAGGAGCACCCAAGGAGAAAGCCCUGGCUCUGAGGAACGUCAAUGAGACAGGCGCCAUCUACUCCUGUCCUGUCACCACAGAGCUUAACGACUGUGAAAGGAUGGACUUGGUCAGCUCCACGGACUCGUCUGAGAUGGUGGAGGGGAUGUGGCUGGGAGUGACUGUGGCCAGCCAGAGAGACCUGCCAGGUGGUCGAGUGCUGGCUUGUGGGCACCGCUACGUGAAGGUGGUGCGGGGGGGCGCGGAGGAGCAGCUGCGGAUGGUGGGGAAGUGCUAUGUCAGGGGCAAUGACCUAACCUUCGACCCCAACGACGAGUGGCAGGCCUACAGCUACGAGGUGUGCAACCCCAACUUCGACAUGGAGCUGGAGGGCUUGUGCAACAUGGGCAUCUCGGGGGGCAUGACCGACACGGACGUCUACAUCGGCUCUGUGGGCAGCUACGUGUGGCAAGGCAACGUUCAUGUAACGUGGAGAGACCCUGAUCCAGGAAACGCGUGGGACUCAAGUGACAAAGACUUUGGGCAACUGAACAGACGAUACAGCUACAUGGGUUACUCUGUCAAUGAGGACAAGAAGCUGCUGAGUCAAGACUACUUCACGGUAGUGACGGGGUCUCCCAGAGAUGAAUCCAAGGGCUCAGUGAUGCUGGCUAAGAAGGGCAACACAGCGUUGGUGACCGAGUUCAUCAUCCCAGGAGAACAAGUGGGCUCGUACUUUGGGAACAGCCUAGCUGUCACCGACCUCAACAAUGACAACUGGAAUGACCUGAUCGUAGGUGCCCCAUUCUACUUUGACCGUCAGAAGGAGGAGGGAGGAGCGGUGUACGUCUUCAUGAAUGAGAACGGCUCUUUCCAGAAGACACCUAGCAUGGUACUGAAGGGUCCUACGGCAUCUGGUUUUGGAUUCGCCGUGGCAGCCAUUGGCGACGUCAACCAAGAUGGAUUCCAAGACUUUGCAGUAGGAGCCCCAUUCCAUGAGACUGGGAAUGUCUACAUCUGGAUGGGAAGCAAGAAGGGAAUCUCUGAGGAGCCUAGUCAGGUUAUUGAGGGGAAGUCAGUGGGUAGUGGUGGGUUCCAGACCUUUGGCUAUUCCAUCAGUGGAGGUAUGGACAUGGAUGAGAACAGUUACCCUGACCUCCUGGUUGGGUCUCUGGAUGACCGCAUCGCUCUGCUCAGGGCUCGUCCAGUUAUCCAUCUCUCUAAGAACUUCACCGUGCUGCCAGAGAUUGUGGACCCUAACCUUUGUCCCCGUGGAAACAAAUCCUGUGUGACAGUGACAGUGUGUUUCUCCUACACACUCAGCAAUGGAAACAAAGAUUUCAAGAAAAACAUCAUGGUAAAGUACACAGUGGAAGCCGACAUGCAUCGCCGGAGCCCUCGAGUUCUCUUCCUUGUCAAUAAGCUUGCCACCUACACAGGCCUCCUUACCAUGCCAUCUCCUAAGACCGAGUGUCAGGUGCUGGAGCUCAGACUAGAGGAUCCUGUGAGGGACAAACUGGAGCCGGUGGUUUUCUCCCUUAACGUGUCCCUGGAUGAGCAGAAACCCAAAGUUAGAAAGGCCCUGCAGAACCUGGACUCCUACCCUGUACUGAGCCACAAACAGAAAGUGACUGAGAGGAAAGAGAUCAACUUCCAGAAGGAGUGUGGCUCAGACAACAGGUGCACCAGUAACCUGCAGCUAACAGCUGCGUUUGCGAACGAGUUACUGAAGCCUUACCCCAGUCAGGGGAAACGCCAAUUGCUGCAGUACAGCAGUAAUGUGAAAAAGGUGGUGCUACUUGUGGAGAUAACGAACGUGCCAGGCCCUGGGAAGGUAGCUGAGGACGCCCACCAGGCCAUGCUCAACAUCUCCACCCCCUCCACGCUCCGUUACUCUGGCGUGCGCUCCCAUGAUACUGGUGUAGAAUGCCGUGCUGGAGAGACUGUUAUGUGUGAGCUGGGGAAUCCACUGAGGAGCAAUGAGAAGGUCUCCCUGCAGCUCAUCUUUGAAACAACAGGGAUCAACCUCCAAACCAGGGAGAUUGAGUCUCAGUUGCUGUUGUCCACGUUGAGUGAGCAGAAUGACCUGUACCCGGUGUCUGUGGUUCUGUUGAUAGAGACCUCCAUCCAGACCUCCUUCUCCAUAGAGAAUCCCCUGGUCCAGACCUACUUCAGCGGGGAGGUGAUGGGAGAAUCAGCUAUGAACACGACCAGUGACGUGGGCAGUCUUGUGGAAUACACCUUCAAGGUGUCAGUGGAGGGAGAGCCUCUGGGGGCGCUGGGGACCCUGGCCGUAGAGUUUGAGUGGCCCUUCGAGGUGACCAGUGGGAAGUGGCUUCUCUACCUGACUGAGAUCGUCACCAAGGGUACAACUGAGACCCACUGUGUCCCUCCAGGGGACAUCGUCAAUCUUCUCAAACUCACAUUGUCCAAGAACAGGAGCAAACGUCCCAAGCGAGCGGUGGAGGGCGAACACCCUCGCAUCAUCGAGCCACAGGCUGUCCUUACUGUGCUGACUCCUCGUAAAGAGACCUACCUCCUGGAUUGUUCAAAGUGGACAGCCCGCUGUGUGACGUUCACCUGUCCCUUGAUCAACAUGUCUACCUCUGCCAAGAUCAUUGUGAGGUCACGGGUGUGGAACAGCACUAUGCUAGAGGACUAUAAAAAUGCUUUGAGGAUUAAGGUUAGAGGUCAGGCCACACUGAAACUUGUGACGGACAACCCCACCAUCAAGAUGGAAAAUGAGACCAGAGAGUUCAUAGUGGACAUUGACCCAGUCCUUGGGGUGGAAACACCUUACGAGGUUCCCCUGUGGAUCAUCAUCGUUGCCGUGGUAGCAGGAAUCCUGCUGUUAGGAGUCAUCAGCAUCAUACUAUGGAAGUGUGGCUUCUUCAGGAGGGCCAGCAGGAGGGAGAUGUACGAGGCCAAAGGCCAGAAGGCUGAGAUGAAGAGCCAGCCCUCAGAGACGGAGAGGCUGACUGAGGACUACUGAGACAGGAGAGGCCCCCAAUGAGGGGCCAUGCUACACUCCACUAGGGCGCCUGGCUUGGCUUCUUCAAGCGGGCCAUCUACUACCGGAUUAUGCCAAAGUACCAUGGAGUGAAAAUCCGUAAGGAGGAACGCUACCAGUUUAAC